AAUCGGAAGUGUCCGUUGUUACCGUGUCUACCUUGACACCGACCGACUCUGGUUUGAGCUUGAUGUAACUGACAGGCGGCAGCAGUUCUCAAACCAAACAAACUUCGCUCGCAUUUCAUUUUUCUGCGUGAAUCCCGAGAUCCUCGUCUUCAUUUUCCUCCACAGAAACCAGUCGGCUAAACUGGUUCAAAACCGGUUCGCACUGGUUUUUUGGUUGCGGUCCGCGUUUUGUUGUUACCGGAGAUCAGCGGGUUUCCAGGAGAAUCCAACCCGCCGUCAAGAUGCUUUCCUCGGGCAGGACCGUCUCCUCUCGGCUGCUCAGGCCGGCCGCAUGGCUCCCUCUUCGUCUGGGCUCCGACGGCAGGGCCGCUAGCUCCCUGCAGAAGGCAGAGUUGAUAAAGAAGCAUGAACUGGAGACAGAUGAGCUCCGCCCCCUCUACAUGGACUUCCAGGCCACCACGCCCAUGGACCCGCGGGUUCUGGACGCCAUGUUGCCCUACCAGGUGAAUUACUACGGUAACCCUCACUCCAGGACACACGCCUAUGGCUGGGAGAGCGAGAGUGCCAUGGAGACUGCCAGGAAGCAGGUGGCUGAUCUGAUUGGAGCUGAUCCCAGAGAGAUCAUCUUCACCAGCGGAGCCACCGAGUCCAACAACAUGGCCAUCAAGGGCGUGGCCAGGUUCUACCAGACCAAGAAGCGUCAUGUGAUCACCACCCAGACAGAACAUAAAUGUGUCCUGGACUCCUGUCGUGUUCUGGAGGCCGAAGGAUUCGAUGUCACGUACCUGCCAGUCCAGACGAACGGACUGCUGGACCUGGAGCUGCUUGAGGCCUCCAUUCGUCCUGACACGUCUCUGCUGUCGGUGAUGACUGUCAACAACGAGAUUGGAGUCAAGCAGCCUAUCAAGGAAAUUGGUAAGAUUUGUCGCUCUAAAGGAGUCUUCCUCCACACUGACGCCGCUCAGGCUGUCGGAAAGAUCCCCAUCAACGUCACUGACUGGAAGAUCGACCUGAUGUCCAUCAGCGCUCACAAGAUCUACGGACCCAAAGGUGUGGGGGCUUUGUACGUGCGUCGCCGGCCCCGGGUGCGUUUGGAGCCUCUGCAGAACGGGGGCGGGCAGGAGAGGGGCCUGCGCUCCGGCACUGUCCCCACCCCACUAGCUGUGGGGCUUGGAGCCGCCUGCAGCAUCGCUCAGCAGGAGAUGGAGUAUGAUCAUCACAGAGUGUCUGUGCUGGCUGAUCGUCUGGUCCAGAAGAUUAUGUCUGAGAUUCCUGACGUCAUAAUGAAUGGAGAUCCAGAGCAACGCUACCCUGGCUGUACCAACCUGUCCUUUGCCUAUGUGGAAGGAGAGAGUCUGUUGAUGGCACUGAAGGAUGUCGCUCUGUCCUCCGGCAGUGCCUGUACGUCAGCGUCUCUGGAGCCCUCAUACGUCCUCAGAGCGAUUGGAGCAGAUGAAGACCUGGCUCACUCUUCCAUCAGGUUUGGUAUCGGCAGAUUCACCACAGAAGAAGAGGUGGACUACACAGCAGAGAAAUGUAUCCAGCAGGUCCGCAGACUCAGAGAGAUGAGUCCUCUGUGGGAGAUGGUUCAGGAAGGCAUUGACCUGAAGAACAUCAAUUGGACGCAGCACUAGACUCCUCCCACUACUUGUCCGCUUCCUAGUUGACGACGACGGUGAUGAUAGUUCCCAGGGAAUUCUGGGAAAGGACCAGCUUUUUCUUCCUGCACACAAACACGCACAAACUUCCUGUCUGACUUGAAGUCUGUUUGUAGCUGUAUCUCUGUGUCUUUGUAAAUGCUCCUGUAGUUGCUCUGUCAGGAGAUGUUGCUCAGAGAGUUGACCAACACGUGGCAACCUCUGCUUUUUGUGAUCAUUCUGUUGUACAUCAGUCAGCCUCUGUUGCCCAACAAAUUGCUUCUGUGUCCUGACUGAAAAGUUGUCAGAGGCUGUGACACCUGGGUCCUGGAUCGGGAACUCAGGUCAUCUUAGUCCAACUUUCUUUGGGUUACCUGGCUUCACUGACUCUGACAUCGGUAAUCCUGAUGAUGGUAUCAUGAAGCUGGUUUUCAUCCGGCUUCGUGUGCUCAGAGUUUUCUAAUCCAGCUAUGGGCAUAUUCACGUGAAAGAGGAGGAGUUCUUGAUGUGACAUGACACGAGACGAUGAUACCUGUAUGUAAAUUAUGUUACUUAACACAACUAGAAUAAAACAAGAAGCUGUAAUGGGAAUAACAUCCAGAUAUUGAACCUAAGGCUUUCAGUAUUAAGGCUGCAAAACAGUAUGGGAUUUAUUAGAUAGGCCAUUUUAAAUAUGGUCAACAUGUUCAGUGGAGACAUCUUUUCUUUUUUUGUCUCAUGACGAACAAACUAUAAUAAUUAUGAGAUACAGAUAAAGUCAGGCUGUUUUUGCUGCUAAAGCAAAGGAAAGAACUACAGAUACAAGGCCCGAAGAAGAGAAACAAGUGUUGAAUUUAUAAUUAUCAUGAUUUAUUGAACCAAUAACAGUGUGCACAAUUAAACUGUAGCCAUAAAUA